AUGAGAAAAUAUGGAGUCCACCACCGCUUAUCCACACCUUACCACCCUCUGUCCAAUGGCCAAGCCGAAGUGUCAAACAGGGAAAUCAAGGCAAUUCUAGAGAAAACGGUCAAUCCCACGAGGAAAGACUGGAGCCUUCGUCUGGAGGACGCGCUCUGGGCCUACAGGACCGCCUUCAAAACGCCUAUCGGAAUGUCCCCAUACCGGCUGGUAUUUGGGAAAAUGUGCCAUUUGCCCGUGGGGGUCAAGCAUCAAGCUUUUUGGGCUAUUAAAGAAAUGAAUUUGGAUACCAAGGCUGGUGCCACAGAGAGGAGAAUGCAACUACAAGAGCUCGAAGAACUCCGCCUUGAUGCCUAUGAUUCUGCCAUGUGGUACAAGGAAAAGACUCAAACUAAUGCUAAGGAAACUAAGGUCAAGAUGGAUUGGUCCUUAUACAUUGUCGCCAUCAAAGCAAAUGGAGCAGUCGAAUUCCAGGGGAGCGAUCCAGACUCGCCUACCUUCAUGGCGAAUGGUCACAGGGUAAAGCUGUACAGAGAAGGAAUGGAGGCAUUUGUGAUGGACGACAUCCCACUACUCAUGCCUAUCUCUCGCCAAUAA